CUCAGGAAGAGCAAAGGCGACCUCAUUAAUGGUUCUCUUCGCAUCUUAGAAUAUCAUUGAAUUUUCUGCGGAUGAAGGCUUUUAUUUGAACAAGACCAAGAGGUAAAGUGCGGCGAUAGAAAAUAUUCAGAUUACUUAUGCCUCAAUAGAGCCGAAGUUCAAUCAAACUGCAACCCAGACAACCAAAGCGGAAGGAAUGGGAUAUCCGAUUGGUACAGUUCUAUUUCAGCUAUUUCGCUCCUACCAUAGUCGCAUGAAUAAGUAUAGUUUGUUGGAUAAUCAUCACGGAAUACUCAUUUUGUUUCAUUUUCAUGACGUGAAUCAGCGGCUUUAUGAUCAGUGCGGCGAUAGAAAAUAUUCAGAUUACUUAUGCCUAAAUAGAACUGAAAUUCAAUCAAACUGCAACCCAGACAACCAGAGCGGAAGAAAUGAUAUAUCCGAUUGGUACAGUUUUAUUUCAGCUAUUUCACUCAUAUCAUAGUCGCAUGAAUAAGAGUAGUUUAUGGGAUAAUCAGUACGAAAUACUCAUUUUGUUUCAUUUUCUGACGUUAAAAUCAAGAACUGAAACGAAGCGGAGUGAAUUUUCGUGACAUGAGCACAACGGCAAAAUAGACCGCUCAGUUUCUCCAGGCCAACAGACAGUAAGUAAGAUGAAGCUUCGAAGAGGAAUUCAGUCGUACCGUAAUAUUCUCUCAGAACGAAAACCUCGGUGUAUUUGGACGGUAGAAGCGUGUCUCGAAGCUAAGAUUGUAGUGAAGUUGAGCUAAUAUCGUCGUGGAAAGGGAUAAACAAAAUAUAAAAUCGUCAAAUCAAUAGCCUAAUUGUGAACUUAGUACUACCUUUUCAGUUAGUCAUUUCUUGAUUUCUUUGUUCUUUUUAUCGUCUUCUAGAAAUCUUCCGAACAUAUUGACCAAGCUGAUUUGGGUUUAUUCUCACUGCACAGCAAUUAGAUUUGGGUAAGUGCCAAGGGGUAUCUCAGUGACAUAUUGACAAGUUUUGGCGUAUCUCAGUUAAUUACGAUUCGAGUAUUGUCUCUGUCAUGGUCUACUGGGUAGCGUUUGAGAUUAAUGUGACCGUUUCAGUCAGGAUUGUCAGUAUUUUUCAUUUUCGAAGGAGUUUCUGAUGAAUUGACCUUAUUCACCCUGACCUAGAUUCCCCAAGAACCAUGAAUGAGACGGAGGAGAUGGCCUCGAUGAUAUCAACUGAGAUGGAACCAAACCGUCAACGAAAGUGCACUUGCUGCAAGCCCUCCCUCGGCCGGAUGAUUUCCAUGAUUAUGUAUUUAUUGCUUUUGCUGGCUGAAUUAGUGGCUACUUUCACUUUCAUUUAUUAUUUUGGAAAAUCAGUAUCGCCCGUUUUCACUUCGGAGAGUCACUUAAAAACCACGAAUGUAUCAUCUAGCACCAAAAAUGCCUCUCGCGUAUUUCCAAUGCAGCUUGUGCGCUACUUCGGCAUGACAGAAUCUUACUCCAGACUGAUUAUGGCCUUAAAUUGUUUGGACACAGUGAACUGUUGGAUCUUUCUUGGAGCAGUUUUCAUAUCUCCGCAUUUCACCGGCUUCUGCCCUCUGAUGAAAAAUCUUAUUCGUUUGCCGAAAUUUUGGACCUUACUAUUUGUAUUUGUGCUCUUUGUCACAGGGAAUGUUAUUGAGAGCACAAGUUCCUCAAUCGUCGCAUCCGUAUACAAAUUUAGAGCUAUGGUAGCAGUUUGCGUUACGUUCUCCCUGAAUGCGUUCUUUGUAACAAUGAUUCUUGGAGUUCUGAAUGAAAUGAAAAUUUGCCAUAUGGCGCCGGGGCAAGUGCACUUAAUAUUUAAGGGGGCACUUAUUAUCUUCUGCUUUCGAUUGCUUGUAUAUUUGAUUAAUACAAUACUUUAUUUAGCUGUAAUCUUAUAUUUAAUCGCUGGAGUGAAGGAUAGCUAUUGGCGGAAGGGAGGUACGUUUACAACCUGUGUAAGUAGUUUUCUUUUCUUGCCUUUUUACAAAAAAGGAACUGAACUUGUAUGGACAAAAAUAUUUCAUGAUGACAAGUACAUCAUAGGGAAGAUUAGAGGCCCUGAGAGACAAGACAGAGAUUUAAAUAGUACCAUCCAGGCUGUUUAA